AUGUUUGCUAAAAUUCCUGUUUACGCGCAUAACGGUCUCCCUAAAAUUGUAAAUUAUUUUAAAAAUAUUAAUAUGCCCGUUCAAAAAAAAUAUACAGUAUCGGUGUAUGGUGAUUGCAAAGAUUUUUUACAAGAAACGCCGCCUGAAAACCCGUGUCUUGUAAAACAUUUAACUAUCGAAGAUUUUGACACGUUAUCAAAUAAUAAUUGGUUGAAUAAUUACGUUAUCGACGCGUGUAUAGAUAUGAUAAUAAAAAUUUCAGAAAAAGACCCAAAUUAUAAAAAUUUAUCUUUUGUGAGUUUGUCUUGUGGACUUGUAUCGGCUUUUUCCGCAAGAGUUUUGGAACUGGUCUUGCAAAUGGUUCCAAAACCAUUGAGUAGUUUCGAUAUGUUUACAAUAGAAACCAAUACAGUAUUAGGUAUACCUAUUAAUAUUGAACAAAUUCACUGGUUGGUGGCUUUCAUAAAUUUUAAAACUUUAACAUGUGUAAUUAUGGAUCCAAAAUACAGCAAGAACGAACAAUUAUUCAAUACCGUCAUGACAGUAGUCUCUCAUACUUGUAAAUUUGGAAAAGGAUUUUUCUUGCAGUCGAACGGUUUGCCAAUUUUGAAUUUACAAUCGAUCGAUCGAACAUUACAAAUACCAAUUCAAAUCGACAAUUACAAUUGUGGCGUUUAUAUUUUGUAUUAUGUACAAAUAAUGAUUAUGAUUAUUAAAUUAGAUAUUAUGAAGUUUACCGCAAAACAAUUUAACAAUAAAUUCAAACCAUCGGCAUACCUAUAG